GCAACAUGCGGCGAUGCUAUGGAUGGAAAUAUAGGGCAAACACAACGACAACAAUACUGGCACACUGGCACGAGGGAUGCCAGAUUGGAGUAAAACCACCUCGCGUGUGUUGCCAGAUUGUUCAAAUCCUCUAGAAGACCUCCUCGGUUGGUUUAUUGCGCUGCUUGUUCAACAAGUGACAUGAAUCUUGGAACUGGUAACUGUAGGUGGGUGGCAUGUUACGAAAUUUUCCUUCAAAACAGUAUUUUGUUUAGUGCCACUAGUGGCCUACAAAUGAAGCUUUGUAUCUUUAACCUCAGUUUUGUUCUCGCGUCUUAGAUCUCCGUCGCCAUCUCCAGGGCCGGAGGACAAAUCGCAGCGCUUACACUAAGAUGAUGGUGUGGUUCUGCAGUAUUAUUUAAGCAAUGCUCAAUAAUGCAGUUUCAGGCAUCAGCCAUACGGAAGGAGCGGCACGCUGUGUGAGUCCUGAACCGCUUCCAAAUAAACGAGCUGCGCAACGAGUGGAGCAACACAACCCGCAUGUAGUGUGCAGUCGGUUGUUAUUUAACGCACAGGCUUUGGCUGAUGACGUGAUGCAGUGGGACUGGGAUGCAGUUGCAGUGCAUUGACCAGCGGGCGGCUACAAUAGCUGUCUCUUCCUCUGUCUCUCUCGCUAGGCAACCCAGGAUAGAAGCCAGGCUUCGAGCAUCCCGCAGAACUGCCAGAUUCCAGUGUGCAUGCAUGUGCGCACGCCUGCGCAUAUGUGUGUGCGUGCCACCCUCCCCUCCUCCUUCCUGCCGGCAUCGUCCCUCGCUCUCCGUCAGGGAUGGUGAGGGAGUGUUUAUGGUAAGUGCGAGGAAUCGUAUCUCUCUGGCUUCAAAAUCUCCCCUCCCGAUCGUCCUGUUUUUUUUCGUGCCGUUCCCUCCUGGCGAUCCGGCGUCUGUACCGCCGAGGAUCCAGCUUGUCUGCGCAGACCUCAAGCGCCUCGCUUCUGAAGGGAUUCAAGCAUCUUCUGCAUGGAAUUCGGGGGCAUGACAACAUGCGUCCCUUGUCGUUUCAGAGCAUGUGCUGCGAAUCGCACGGAAUGAUGGAGCUCCCUGGAUAAACGCUGAAGGUUAAAACAACAUCACAGCCUCGAAUCAUGCACUUAAGGUGGGUGGAAAGAUGUAGCUGAGGGACAAACGGAAACCGAUCUUGACCGUUCGCAAACUCAGGUCAUCCCUGAAAGGGGCGUGGCCUGUGGAGUACUGCCCAACAUGUCCAAGAAACCCCCCAGUGGGCGGGGCAAAGGGGAGCGGCCUGACGCCAUGGCAGCCCUGCAGGCAGCCAAUGAGGAGCUGAGGGCCAAACUCACCGAAAUCCAAAUUGAACUGCAGCAGGAGAAAACCAAGGUCAGUAAGCUGGAGAGGGAGAAGUCUCAGGAGGUCCGUCACGAGCAGCACAAGUCCGCGGUGGUGGUGACUGAGUUAAAAGCCAAACUGCACGAGGAGAAACUUCGGGAGCUGCACGGCGUUCGGGAAACACUCCUACGUCAGCACGAGUCUGAACUGGUGAGGGUCAUUAAGAUCAAAGACGGAGAGAUCCAGAGGCUCCAGGCCCUCGUCAGUGCCCUCAGAGAUGGAUCCACAGAUAAGGUGAAGUCUGCGCUGAUGGCGGAGGCACGAGAGGAGUGCCGGAGGACUUUCGAAGGGGAGCGCAUGCGACUGCAGCAGGACAUCUCCGAGCUGAAGCUGGUGAAGAGGCAGAUGGAGGACGCGUUAAGCGUGGCCCUUCAAGCCGACAAAAUCAAAGCCGCCGAGAUCCGCAGCGUCUACCAUCUCCACCAGGAAGAAAUCAACCGCAUCAAGAGAGAGUGUGAAAGAGAGAUCCGCAGACUGAUGGACGAGAUUAAACUAAAGGAGCGCGCUGUCUGUGGGCUGGAGAGAGAGCUGAGCGCUCAGGCGGGCCACACGUGGAAACUACAGCAGCAGAAACAGGCUGUAGACACUCAGCUGGCCCUGCUGCGAGACUCCAGCCCCAGACGAGAGGGCCCUUAUUCACCCGCUGCGGGAGACGCAGCAGAGAACGCAGCUAACCCUAUGCAGCAGUUGGAUGAGAAGGAUGCUCGACGUUUCCAGCUGAAAAUCGCAGAACUGAGUGCUAUUAUCCAUAAACUAGAAGAUCAGAACGCACUGCUGUCAGAAGAACGCAAUGAACUGUUAAAGCGUCUCCGUGAAGCUGAGAGCCAGUAUAAGCCGUUACUGGACAAGAACAGGCGUCUCAGCCGCAAGAACGAGGAACUGGCUCAUGCUUUGAGACGCAUGGAGAACAAACUGCACUUCGUCACUCAGGAGAACAUCGAAAUGCGAGAGAAGGCCGGGACGAUUCGACGGCCCAGUUCUCUGAACGAUCUGGAUCAGAGUCAAGAGGAAAGAGAGAUCGAGUUUCUCAGACUGCAAGUGCUGGAGCAACAGAACAUAAUCGACGAUCUGUCCAAGGCGCUGGAAACCGCCGGAUACGUGAAGACCGUGAUCGAGAGGGACAUGCUGCUGAGAUACAGGAGACAGGACAGCCUGCGCAGGAAGAAGCCCUUCAGAACCUGUAGGCCGGUGGUGGAGACGUUUUUUGGCUAUGACGAGGAAGGCUCUAUAGACUCGGACGGCUCUUCUAUUUCCUACCACACAGACCGAACGCCCUGCACGCCAGACGAUGACCUCGAGGAGGGAAUGCUUAAGGAGGAGACAGACCUGCGCUUCCGUCAGCUGACGAUGGAGUAUCAGGCUCUUCAGAGAGCUUACGCGCUCCUGCAGGAGCAGGUGGGAGGAACGUUUGAUGCAGAGAAAGAGGUCAAGACUCGAGAGCAGCUUCAGGCCGAACUGAUCCGGUACCAGACCAGAAUAGCCGAUCUGGAGUGCGUUCUAAGUCAUCAGGGACAGGAUAUGAAGUGGAUCGAGGAGAAACAGGCUUUGUAUAAACGCAACCAAGAGCUUGUAGAAAAGAUUAAAAAUAUGGAGAUGGAGGAGACGCGGCUAAAAAAUGAAAUUCAGGACGCGAAAGACCAAAACGAACUCCUGGAGUUCAGAAUUCUUGAACUUGAAGAAAGAGAGAGAAGAUCUCCUGCCAUAAACUUUCAGAACAUCCAUUUUACCGAGGGCAUGAGUCCCCUGCAGUUGUACUGUGAGGCAGAGGGUGUUACUGACAUCGUGAUCACAGAGCUGAUGAAGAAACUCGAUAUUCUGGGGGAUAACGCCGUAAGUAACCUGACCAACGAGGAGCAAGUGGUGGUUAUUCAUGCCAGGACGGUGUUAACGUUAGCCGAGAAGUGGUUAGAGCAAAUCGAAGUCACCAAAUCAGCACUGCAGCAGAAAAUGUUGGACAUCGAAAGUGAAAAGGAGCUCUUUAGCAAACAGAAGGGCUAUUUAGACGAGGAGUUAGACUACAGAAAGCAGUCUCUGGACCACGCACAUAAGCGCAUCCUCGAGUUGGAGGCGAUGCUGUUUGACGCUUUGCAGCGGGAGGAGACGGGUGGGAAGGUGUCCGAGCUGCUGAACGAGCAGGACCGCGAUUCGCUGAGAGAGGCUGUGGAUCAGUGGAAGAGGCAGGUCUUGAGUGAAUUACGAGAGAGAGAUGCGCAGAUACUCAGAGAGAGGAUGGAGCUGCUGCAACAUGCUCAAGCGAGGAUAAAAGAGCUGGAGGAAUGGAUAGAGGCGCAGAAACGACAGAUAAAGGAACUAGAAGAAAAGCUUUCAUUCUUUGGUCGUAGCUCUUCCAGAAAACAGGAAACGGUGCCAUACGGCUCAGUGGACUCCGCUCACAGGCCUCAAGUGUUCUUCUGUACCAGAGGAGGGUGACGCACACGUCAUCGAGGGUCCCAGCCAUCUCUUCUGCGCUGAUACGAGACUUCAAAACUGUUCACGUCAUCUCUGGAACAUGGACACAGAAUAUGGUGCUCUCAUUCUUGUGGACUCGAACUCUUUUUAUCCUCCCGACCUUUUGAACUCUUUGUGUGACCUCUGUGCGUGUGGAAUUUAAGGACUCUUAAAUUGAAACGCUCUCUCCUUUCCCUGCUAAGCAGGUGGCGCUGGAGGCUGCUUCCCUGUGGAAGCCUGACGGAACGAGAGGUGUUACGUUCAAAUCCUUCCUCCCACUGUUUACACUCACUCUGCUUCGGUUCCGGCGGCGCUCGCCCGCUCCUGUGCGUUGAGAGAAGUGGAACUGAAAGUCUAAUCCUGGAAUUCCAAUUAUGUCUGGUUUUCUAAUGUACAGGAGCAGUGUUUCAAAUAAAUUUCUCAGAGGAAGACAGAAAAA